AAUAGAGGUACGAGGCUCCGAAGCUUCCCCGUGUGUGUUUUUGGAGAAGGGCAGCAGACGACACCUCUCCCAACUCGAAGCCCUGUCGCGCAAUUGUUCGAUUUCCAAUCUCUCGGGCGGUUGCGGAUCACUCCUCCAAUCUCCCACCUAUUUCAAAAUCACACCUUUCGGAGGCUUCGGCUGGAUCGAGAUCCGCGCUGUGCAGCUCAGAAUCCCCGAUUUGCGGGUUAGUACAGAUUGCUGGAGGGGAGCUGGGAGUUAUAGUGAUUGAGUAAGGGUUAGUGAGCUUCGUGUUGGUUUGGCUAGCUCAAGCUUCAAAAGUUGGGAUUUUGGGGGAUGUUUCAGUGAGGAAUUUGCUGGUUAGGGUUUGGGCAGUAUUUCUCAAUUCCGUCGGUGGUUGGGUGGAAGGCAUCUCAUUGUGUUUCAUGGCUUACAAGCGGCUUCUUGGAAGCUGAGGAAGAGUGAAAAAUGUUCUAUUCUCAGUUUAUCUUGGCCAAGAAGGGUCCUCUUGGUACUAUAUGGAUUGCCGCCCAUUUGGAGCGAAAGCUAAGGAAGAAUCAAGUUGCAGAUACUAAUAUUGGCGACUCUGUAGAUUCUAUUCUCUCCCCUGAAGUUCCAAUUGCACUUCGUCUAUCAAGCCAUCUGCUUCUAGGUGUUGUGAGAAUAUAUUCUCGGAAGGUGAACUAUCUAUUCCAUGACUGCAGUGAGGCUUUGCUCAAGGUAAAACAGGCAUUCAGAUCAACUGCAGUCGAUCUUCCUCCGGAAGAAUCUAUUGCACCUUAUCAUUCCAUUACUUUGCCAGAGACUUUUCAUCUAGAUGAUUUUGAACUACCAGAUUCUGCUAUUCACGGUGAUUUUGUUGAUCACCAUGUCAGUACAAAAGAACAGAUUACACUUCAAGAUACUAUGGAUGGAACAGGAUAUUCCACAUUACAAUUUGGAUUGGAUGAAACAUUUGGUGAUGGAACUGCUUCCCAGAUUGGUUUAGAGCUUGAGGAGGACCUGUUCUUGGUGGAGGAUAAUCACCCUUCUCAGCAUGAUGCAAGUACUCAGGUGUCUGAUGAAUGUGCUGUGCAUCAUGAUCAAUCUUUAUUUUCUUUUCCUCUAACUCCAAUGGAUAUUGAUGAUGAUGACAAAAGUGGGAUAGUCAAAGAUAGAGAUGUUGCAGAUUCGAAGGAUAUUUCUCAAUUUUCUAAUCCUCAAAGUAUGAUCUAUAUGAAAGAGUACAACAUUCAGACUCCUGAUCUCAAUGAAAUCUUUUCUCCUAGUGAUGCUGUUGAAGAUGUUUCUAGAGAACCUUGCCAAUCUUUUAUUUCAUCAAGUACUACUGGUGUUUCAGCACUAGUGGUUAAUUUUGCAGAUGCUCCUUCAACUGAUGGUUUCAGGGAGGAAAUAUUUUCAGGUAACAUGAAUGAAGUUCCUGCUAUAAGUUCCCAUCCAGACCCUUCGGAUUCACCUUGUACAGUGUUGAUUAGACCUGAUUCUCUCUUACAUCCUGGGCAUCCACAAUUAGCGACUUAUGAGCUUGAUUCAGAAAAUACAGGGCAAGCUCCUUUCUCUUUUUCAGAACCUCCCAAACAUAGAGAACAAAGAGUUUCAAUUGAUGAAACUCAAAUGGAAUGUGGACAGAAGAGUAUGAGUGAUUUGCAGGAUGGAUGCACUUUUGGUCAAGAGAAACUUCGUACAGCUGAUGAACAAAUGGAAAACCAUGGGGAGGCCAUAUGUCGUGAAACAACUCAAGUUGAAGGUUUGGAAUCCUGCAGUGCUUUGCAUGAGUCAAUUCCUUCUAUAUCCUCUCUUCACAUAUCACAAAUUGAUACUGAAAUAUUUGCAACUCCCAAAACAUCUGAUGAAAAUUCACAUGCAUAUGGUUUGGUGUGUGUCAAAAAUAGCAAUUCAUGUGGGGCUGAAACUCAGCCAUCAAGUUGUUGCAGUGUAGAUUAUAUAGAAGUCAGUCCAAGCUUCAAUGGAGAUUCAUCUGCAUUGUGUUCCAAUAUGCAUUUGUUAUCCUCUACUUCGCAGGCCAAUGAAGCAAAUGUAAUCGUCCAACCAGAUGAAACUUUAACACAAAAUGUUUCUGGAGUUUCAGUUGAAGAGCCAGCUAUUUGUUCAAACUCACCCAGGCAAGAAAAUAAGCUUCAUAAAAAUGACUCUUCCUUUGAGCUGCAAGGAAAUGAUUCUCACUUACCUAAUUCUACAGAUACUGAAUUGGAGUUGCAACAGAAUCCACAUGACCUAUUUACAGAAUCUGCCAAGGAUAGCAACAAAAACGAGUUACUGGCUGAUCCGUGCCAGAAAGACACAGAAAAGAAUAAAUUGAAUUGUUCUGUUAGCUCUGAUUUCCUUGAACCUGAAAAGAUGCUCUUAGCACCUACUGGAGAUGGUGAUCAGACAAAUGAAUUAAGUCAGGUAACUGAAGAAAAGGGGGUGAUAGAGUCUGAUGGAAGUGUUAAUAGGAUCACCAGUCUCUCUGGGAAAAAGCGUUGUAUAAUGGAAACCACAUCAGCUUGGCAAAUUGACAGCUCAGGCAUAGUCUCAGGAAGAUCACAAUCUAGAAAAAACACUGACUAUGUUCCAGAUGAUGAUGAUUUGCUAGCUUCUAUAUUAGAUGGUAGAAGGACUUCACUUUUGAGGAUAGGACCUACACCUACCCUUAGAGAAACUUCUCUAAAACGCCCUAAACUCAUACCGAGAUCAAGUGGCCCAAAGAGGAAGGUGCUAUUGGAUGAUACUACAGUUUUAUAUGCUGAUGUAAUAAGGCAGCAAUUAAUAAGUACUGAUGACAUAAAGCGCAUGAGGAAGAAGGCACCUUGUACACGCCCUGAAAUCUUGAUGAUCGAAAGGUGUUCACUAGAAGAUGAAAUUUUUAAUGAGUUUAUAAUCACUGGUAUAUCAUCGGAACUGAAUGGCUUGCACAAGCAAAGAUUUCUUCCUGCAACUGGCCAAAAUAAUUCCUAUGAUGAACCGCCUAAAGAAUCUGACAAUACCAGAGCCUUGGAAUUUGUUCAGGAAGUUCAGCAAAUAGAAACAACUGAGCAAAUUUCAAUUACACCAGAGUAUGGUGUUGGUGAAACCAGGGCUCCAUCAUGUGUUUCUUUAACUACUGAGGGAAUGAUAAUUCCUUCUAAAGAUGACAAGAUUUCUCUUGAUGAUACCAGCCAUAUUGCUGUAUUUGCAGAAGGUAAUGAUGACUACCCACUUUUUGUGCAGCAAUUAGUUGAUGAAACGUUCCAAGCUGGAGAUGUUUCUUCUGUGAUGAAUGAGGCACAGCACAUUUCUGAAUAUGCUUCUGCUGUGAGCUUAGAUUAUGCCCAUGAUGAUUCAAAGGGAGGGAUUGUUGAUAACAAUGCGCUUUCAAUUGCAAAUGAUCCUACAACGGAUGCAGGUGCUCAUGAUUCUAUUAGUGCAUCCAUAAUACACGGAAGCGUGGGCCCACUGGAUACUGAAUCCCAAAAUGAACAAGAAGCUACGAACGUUGUUGCCACAAGCACACGACCACUGGACACUGCAUCACUAGAUGAACAAGAAAAUAUCAAUGUAGUUGCUAAGUGUUUGACUGCUGAAAUCCUGGGCCCAGCAGUAGAUGAUGCGUUCCAUGAGUCUUAUCCUAGUUUGACAACCAAUUUAUCAACUAUUAUCUCUGAAGGAAACACUUCUCAAGAUGUCAUCAUGGAUGCUGCAGUUGACAAGUUUGUUACAAUUGUUAAUCAAUAUGAGAAUGGAAGUGUUUUAAAUGCUUUAGUGGACAAUGAAGGGCAGAGAUCCAUCCAUAGUGAGGAAAAUUUUACUACUGAUGCUAUCUGCUUGGAAAGACCAGAAAUGUCUCCUAAAACAAAUAUUGAGAGUGAAAAUGUUCCAUCAGCCGUGGGUGAAAACUCUAGCUUCCAGGAAUUUAACUUGGAGAGCGGUAUGGUUGUUGAAAGCACUCCCAUGGACUUGGUUACUGCAAAAGAUUAUAGUGACUUCUGCAACACAAUUGACGACAAUGACACAGAGUUUCUUAACGUAGACGACGACGACAAUGAUUAUCAUGAAGAAAAUGAUGUAGCACAUGCUGAAGAUGCAUCACUCGAGAACAGUGGUUGGUCUUCAAGGACAAGAGGCGUUGCUCGCUUCCUGAAAAAGGUGUUUGAUGAAGAAUCUGGGCACGGGAGGAAAUCUGUUGCUAUGGACCACCUUAUUGCAGGCAAAAGUCGCAAAGAAGCAUCAAGAAUGUUCUUCGAAACUCUGGUGCUAAAAACUAAAGAUUAUAUACAUGUCGAGCAAGAGGACUCUUCCGGGUUCAUCACAAUACUACCAAGAUCAAAGCUUCUCAAGGCAGAGUUCUAACUGACAAUGGUGUGUCCCAAAAAUCAUGUUCAUGUAAAUUUAAGUUUUCUAUUACAUCCAUAUGUUUACUCCACCCCCAUUAAUUGUCAAGUUACUCCUUUUUUUUAAUAUGAAAUAAUCUUUUUAUUGUUUACCCUUUCGCUCCUUGUAAACUCUUAGUCAGGGUGGAACACAGUUAGCUCAAUGUGUUAUUAGUACACUAACUACACAAUUGUAAUUCUGUGUAACUUAAAUCAUCUCAUGCUGGUAGUUACUACAAGUCAGUCUCUACAGAUUGCAGCAAGAGAAUUGUCUGAAGUAGAAUUUUAGUUCUUCGUUCAACUUCAUGUAAUGUUGUAUCACUAGUGAUAUUUUAUUCAAAUUACUCUUUUUUUUCCUUUGGAAGAAUGAAUCA